UACUUGAUUUGACCCAGAUUACAAACUUAGCUGCUCUCUAAACUUUCCUGUAAAGCGGGAACAAAACAACGCCACAAAAAUGCCUGUUUUGGUGGAUAUUGAUGACUUUGUGCUUGUGGCGGCAGUUACAUUAGGAGCAAGUUACCAGAUGGUGAUGUUCACAAGACGGGUUGGACAAGCGCGUUCUAAAUUCAGGGUUGAGCCUCCAGAUACUGUUGGACCACCAGAAUUCACCAGGACAUACAGGGCACAUAUGAACUGCGUUGAGUUCUUCCCCUUGUUCCUCACGCUUAUGUGGACGUCUGCUGCCUAUGCACAUCAAAUUCCUGCCGCCGCCCUUGGCCUCAUGUACAUCUACGGCCGAUUUGACUUCUUCAAUGGUUAUGUGAAAGCUCCAGAAAAAAGAUUAAGUGGAUUUUUCCGAUCAGUUAAGUCCCUGAAGUACCUGACAUAUCUCAGCGCCGGUGGCCUCAUCAACGCUGCCAUCCGUUCCUACAUCGGUAUUGACAUCCCACGAUACCUUCUGAGCUUCAUCUGGUAAAGACAGACAACGUGAUUUAUAUAUACAUCACCUGGACACAGCACCAUCCAUGAAAGAGAUUUGAACUUAACUCUGUGGGAAUCCACAGCAGUCUCAUGUGGGAAUGCACAGCAGUCUCAUGUGGGAAUCUACAGCAGGCUCAUGUGGGAAUGCACAGCAGUCUCAUGUGGGAAUCCAUAGCAGUCUCAUGUGGGAAUCUACAGCAGUCUCAUGUGGGAAUCCACAGCAGUCUCGUGUGGGAAUCUACAGCAGUCUCAUGUGGGAAUCCACAGCAGUCUCAUGUGGGAAUCCACAGCAGUCUCAUGUGGGAAUCUACAGCAGUCUCAUGUGGGAAUCCACAGCAGUCUCCUGUGGGAAUCCACAGCAGUCUCCUGUGGGAAUCCACAGCAGUCUCCUGUGGAAAUCCACAGCAGUCUCAUGUGGGAAUCCACAGCACUCUCAAGUGGGAAUCCACAGCAGUCUCAUGUGGGAAUCCACGGCAGUCUCAUGUGGGAAUCCACAGCAGUCUCAGGUUUUAAUUUUGUCUUCUUGUCAAAUUUUCUGUGUUUUUUCGGAGUGGGGUGUUUUUCAAAAGUGGUCAUCACCUACCGUAUUAAAUUUCGCCAACACCAAUCUUUUUUGUCCUAAUUGUGAAAAAACAACAUAUUUUACAUGUAAGAAUGAAUAGAAACUUUAAGAUGACAUUCUGAACAUCACAUCUAUUCAUAUGAGGGUGAUGGUGCAUCGCUUGUGUGAGAACUAUGAUCAGAAGUUUGUAACUUUUCGGCCGACAUGUAAACUACUUUCUGUUGUGAAACUCAACUAUUGGGUUAAAAAUCGAUGUCUGUUCUUUUGUUUUGUGUUGUACUCUUCAACAGCUGUACCAGGCAGUUUUAAAAGGUUUCAGUUCAACAGAUUUUUCACAGUAAUAUCAUUGAAGUGUAAAAUAAAAGUGUUGGACGGAAUUUAUUUUUGAAACUCACCCUCUGUUCCUGAAAUACCAGACAUGUCUGAAAAUUGGGGGGAAUUGUCAACUGUCAUGAGAUUCCUCGAUACUCCUCUGCCCUCUCUGAUUUUGAUAUUGCUGUCUACAGUGUAAAUUUAACCUUUUUACUCCUUCUUUGAAACGGGAACGCAAAAAUACUGACAUAGCCUGGGUGACAGCAUCAUCUUUUUUAAGCUGGGAGCACACUGAGUUAAAUGUCUGCUAGAAUAAUUUUGCAGAACCCUAUAUCAACAGAAAAACAGACAUUUCACUUUUGUAAGCAUUAGUGGCAUUUUCUCAUCUAAGUCUAGGAGAACGCUUUGCCACACAAAAACCACAGUGAUAAUUUCCUGGAUAAGGAGCCAGUUGAAAGUGCUUUUGAAUACUUAAUGGACCUUAUAUUAUAUCAAAUUUUGGCAGUGUUAGAAUUAAUUUAAUUUUGCCGAUUCAAUUUAUUCGCAAAACACACCACUUUCUUGCCAGAGAAGCUAUUUAAUAAAUGCUUGAACUACUACGGCACGGCCAUUUCAUUUUGUGGUUUUGCAAGAUCGCAACUUUUGCAUGCUUUUUAAUAAUCUAUGUAGGAUUGUGACAACAUCAAAAUGGCUUCCAUUGUUUUGUUGUUGAAAAACUGAUUAAUAAAUCUUCCCUACAUAUAAAGCGAUUAAAACGUUUUUCAAUCUCAUGUGCUUGACUUGCGUUACUGCUAAAAUACUUAUGCAUCUUAACCUUUAUACCCCCACUGUCGAGAAUGGACUCUUCUGAAGCAACACUUUCCUAAUGCAGCUUAGAAGACUCCAUACUGAGAAAUGGGGUGAUGAGGUUAAACUUUAUCCUGUUUUCUGACCGAGUGACUGCAUUUUUCUGCAUAUUUUACAAUACAAGUGUCCAGAUUGCUAGUGAAUGUGAAUAAUUUGAAAAAGUGAUUGUUUGUUGGGGAAUAAUGUCAAAUUAAGUCGUCAGGUACAAAAACCUUAUCUGUUACCAAGUUUCCACCAAGUAGAAUUUGAUAUCUUAAUAGUUAUGCAAGUCUUCUUGUUCUGUCCAUUGAAGUUUAUACAUGUAUGUCAUCAUGUUUAUAAGGUAAGGCAGUACAGUUACACGUAUAGCCUGUGUGUGCAUUACUGUGUAAUGUCAGUUGUUUCCAUACUGUAUUAAGGGGCUAUAAUUGUAACAUUGGUAUAGCUGUACCACUUUAAAGCGUUUUUCAUACCGAUCCAGCUAAAGGCACUUAGUUAAACUCAAGAAUCACAUUUACCAAAAGAUAGUGGUGUUGCACAGCACUUGAUUAUCCCUAAUAGGGUAGGCCUACCAAUACUGAUGAAACAGAGUCAAGCUCUUUUUGUGGUGUCACCUAGAGCCUGCUGCCCAGGGCCGUGUAACAUUACUAUUUGUGAUCACACUUCUACAGUUUAGGGAUAAGAGGUCAUCCAAGAAAUUUUGGCCAGAUCUAUCUGAAAAACACUUUACCUUAUUUGUCAAACUUUUUAAAACACUGCAAAUUAUCACAUAUUGUAUUAACUACCAAGCCAUCAUAUUAUGGUCAGUGCAUUCCAUUGUACUUUGUCGACAAGAAGUGUUAUGUGUCAGUUUAAUUAUCAUUUGUUUAUUGUACUUUCUCAAUGAUAACGAUAUUCCAGAUAAACGUCGUAUUUUUGUGUUUUCAAAAAUUUAUUACGAAAUGUUAAAAACAUUUGAAAGACAUGUAGAUUUUCCAGUACUGUGAACUGUAAAAUGUUCCCAAAGCUAAAAGUUUGCAAUUUGCUGAUUUUCAAUUGGCUGUAGACGAUCAAAAUAUUGUCUGUCGGUGUGGCGCACUGGAAACAUCUGCAUCCGUCACCUCUGAGGUCCCGGGUUCGAUUCCCGAUCGUUCCCGGUAUACUCAUGUGACAGAGAGGGCGACUCUCUUCGACAGCGUAGGUUUCCUCCGGGGUCUCCGGUUUCCUCCUACUUACAUUACAAUCGCCCGAUAUUGUUUAUACAUGUAGAGCUAAUAAUGUCCAAGUUGACGCUCAGCUCUCAAUUCAAUAUUUUAUCAAAAUGUCGUGUUUUCCGCCGAAAGUUAAUGGCUAAUGCAUUAACAGAUGAAAUUUCGGAACUUUUUAAGUUUGGGUACUUUGACAGUGCAUUUGCGUAAAUCAUGAAUAUAAAAUAGCGACGAAAGACCAUUCCGAUUAUGCGCCUUGGACAAACACCAGUCCGUCCCAGAAAACCUUGUAAUCUUAAGUGACUGUGUCCAAUUUGUAUCUUCUUUUGUUUCUUGCAUAACAGAUGGUAGGCCGUAAUAUUUCUACCACCAGGCCUCGUUUAUUUUUAGAACUUAGUGCGAUUUGUAUAUAUUUUUAAAUGCCGAACUUGAACUAAGAUGUAUAUUUAUUAUUAGGUCUAACAGGAUAAAUUGUUGCUAAUUUCACAAAGUGACGUCUACAAGUACCUAUAAAAUUUCCAUUUUUGGUUCUCCCGAGUGAAAUUGACACUACCUCUGACCUAGAAAUAUUUUGUGGUGUGUUUUAUUUGCGAUUGCCUACUUUUUACUGCAAAACUUUCCUGUUUUGGGGGGACCCUCUCAGUCUCACAACAAUAUCAAAUUCAGAAAAAUCACAAUUUGGUCGUUUUGUGAAAUUAGCAACAAAAAUGUACAUGACAAUGCUAAUGUUGAGUAGAGUUAGAAUUUAUUAUUGUUAGCUCACGAAUAUUGAUGGUACAUCGAAGAAUCUCAAAACACUUUAGGGACAGCUUGCCCUUGCAAAGCAAAGUCUUCUGCUGUGGGUGACUUGCGUAGCACGUCAUGCCACGUGUCAUCUUGGGCGAGAUGACGUGCACGGUACGUCAUGUACUAAUGUAAGUUUAUCUAAUCCGCACGGGGCUGUAGCCUCUCUUAAUAUGCUAUACGCACUAGAUAGUGUUGGGUACUGUUAUAUGAUUCCUGCCUAGAGGGUAUGUUUUCUGGUUCCUACCUGAACCGCCCACAAAACAGGAGCGCUGCACUAGUGCCGGUGUAACAUCUGUGGUUAUUUCCCAUGUGUCAGUGUUUCCAAACAAUAGGCAGCUAGAGAGACCAUGACUUUUCAAUAGGGGGAAACACAGAAAAACUUGUCAAUCUAUCUUUUAGCGUUCCCAAACAAUGAUGGGAAACACUCAAAAAUAGAAACACUCAAAAACAUUACACCGGCCUAUCAUUAUCGUCAGGUACUUGUCCUUUGAGGUUUGCAGUGCACAUGGGCGACCAACUGGAAAUCGACAAAGUUCCUUUGUCUUACCUGAUAGACAGUGUAAUAUUUGACUUGACCAAUAAGCUGUGAAUGUCAAUUGGUAUUUCCUUUGCUAGUGUUCAUUUUGUUAGCCAUAUGCGUCACUCGAAAUUGGCUGUAGACCAAUGGAUUUCAGUUACUGAAGAGAACUGAAUUUCUGUCUUCUAUUUUUCACUUUUGUGUACAUGUAUCUGUAACAAAACUAUAUCGGUAGUGGUUUGUAGAAUUUUGAUCACACAGUUGUUAAUAGUAAUUUGUUAUUCAGGUAUUUUGAGAGGUUAUUAACAAAUAGGGAUUUAUAUAACACAA